UGUGACUUGUUUACGAUUUUAGUGUUAUCAUUAAAGGAUUUAAUAACAUUAGAUAAGCCAUAUCUACUAUGCUGACAUUGUGAAUUUCAGCUUGGAUCAUAUUAUUAUUAUUCGAAAUUACAUAAGAAUAUCCAGCUUAUACAAUAGAAAUUUAUUCGUUUGCACAUGCAUGUGAUCAAGCACAACUGCAGCCAAUUGGUGAUUCGGCAAGAUUGGUGACAUACUGAGCUCAUAUGUACAUAUAUACACAAUGAGUGAUAAAGGCUGGAAAUAUGUUUUGUGUGGUGGCAUGGCCGGUGGCACAGAAGUGCUCAUCACAUUUCCCACCGACUACGUAAAGACACAGCUGCAGCUAGAUGAAAAAGGCGAUAAAAAGAAGUACAGUGGUGUGUUUGAUUGUUUUAGGAAGACUACAAAGCAGUAUGGCUUCUUCGGGCUGUACCGUGGAAUGAGUGCUUUGCUUUAUGGCAGCAUACCAAAAACAGCAGUAUGCUUUGGCUCAUUUGAAUAUUUUAAGUCAUAUUUAGUGGAUGAAAACAAAAUCUUGUCAACGUACAACAGCUUCUUGUGUGGGUUUGCCAGUGGCAUAAUAGAAUCCAUUGUUGUCACAACACCGAUGGAAACCUUAAAGGUGAAGCUAAUAAAUGAUCGACGUAGUGAGAAACCGCGAUUUCACGGAUUUUUUCACGCUGCCCGUGUCAUUUUAAAAACUGAAGGAUUUCGAGGAAUUUACAUGGGCCUCACACCCACGCUACUCCGACAAUGCUCAAAUCAUGCAAUCCGUUUUCCAGUAAUGGAGACAUUCAAGAAUUACUAUAAAGGCGACGACCCAACUCGGAAGCCACCGAAAUGGCUGGUGGCUGUUGUCGGAUUGAUAGCAGGUGGCAGUGCGGUGUUGGUCAAUACACCAGUUGAUACUUUAAAAACACGCAUGCAAGGUCUAGAAGCAGCUAAAUAUGAAAAUAUAUUGGAUUGUGUAUUGAAAAUAUAUCGUAACGAAGGAGUGUUGGCUUUUUAUAAAGGCAUGACACCAAGAUUCAUACGGUUAUCUCUACAAGCUUGUUGUAUUUUUACACUGUACGAUGUGUAUACGGAAGCAUUCGAUAAAAUUGAAAAUUUUUCAAGAGGAACUAAAAUUAAAAGUUGAUGAUUAGUAUACUCUCUCUAAACGGACACCACUACUAGACACAAACUCUUCUUGAACCGACAUUUUCCUCUUAGUUUCGGAAUAAAUUAGCCGUUGUUCAGAGGAUAACCCUCUUGAGCGUACAACUGAUUUUCGACAGUUGUUAUAUAGUCAAUUUGUGUAAUAAUAUAGAUAGAACAAAUAUUUAUUUUUAAAUGUAUAUUAAAUAAUUAUGU